CUGCAGAGCCGACAUGGCGGAGAGCAUGGGCCAGCUGCGGUGUACCCGGGAGCACCAUGGGCAGGAGCUGCUGCAGGAUGACUCGGUGCCCACUGAGACCUCCAUAGAGCAGAAAAGAGUCGAGCAGUGUGUGGGCACAAUAUUCAAUAUGUACAAGACUCAUAUCAAAGAACCACUUGUUCUGGAGCGAGACAUACAUACUCACUAUCUGAGAAAAGGUUUACAGCAUCUUUCAGAGGGAUAUGAGUGUCUGGAUGCCAGCCGUCCUUGGCUCUGUUAUUGGAUUGUACAUAGUUUGGGGUUGCUAAAUGAACCAAUUCCUGAAUCUGUGGCAUCACACGUUUGCCAGUUUCUUGCACGAUGCCAAGAUGUGAAUGGAGGCUUUGCUGGGGGUCCUGGCCAACAACCCCACCUUGCUCCUACAUAUGCCGCUGUUAACGCUCUGUGUAGCAUCGGAACAGAAGAGGCGUUUGAUGUAAUUAAUAGGGAAAAGCUUCAAGAUUUUUUGUAUUCAUUAAAAAAACCAGAUGGCUCUUUCAAUAUGCACCUUGGUGGAGAAGUUGAUGUCAGAAGUGCUUAUUGUGCUGCCUCUGUUGCAUCACUUACCAAUGUCCUCACUCCUGAUCUGUUUGACGGCACCGCUGAGUGGAUUGCAAGGUGUCAGAAUUGGGAGGGUGGCAUUGGAGGUGUUCCAGGCUUGGAAGCCCAUGGCGGGUACACGUUUUGCGGCCUGUCUGCUUUGGUCAUUUUGAACAGAGUACACCUUUUGGAUCUGAAGAGCAUGCUGCGAUGGGUUGCAUUCCGACAAAUGAGGUUUGAAGGUGGAUUCCAAGGCCGCUGCAAUAAGCUUGUUGAUGGCUGUUACUCUUUCUGGCAAGCUGGGUUAAUGCCUCUACUUCAUAGAAGUUUACACACUGAAGCGGAUCCUGCCCUCAGUCUCACCAACUGGAUGUUUGAUCAGCAAGCAAUGCAAGAAUAUCUUCUCUUGUGCUGUCAGGCACCAACAGGGGGAUUACUGGAUAAGCCUGGAAAAUCCCGUGAUUUUUACCAUACCUGCUACUGUCUGAGUGGACUGUCAAUAGCACAGCAUUAUGGUGGCGGUGAUAUCCUACAUGAAAUCAUAACCGGAAUCAAAGAAAAUAGAUUGAAUCACACUCACCCUGUGUAUAACGUUAGCCCGGAUAAAGUUGCUGGAGCCAUAAUGCACUUCAGACAGAAGGAAGUUCCACAAACCUCCAGGAAAAACUAGCACAAUCUAAAGGAGAGACCACCCCUCCCCCACAGGCCUACAUAUUAAUACACGGAAAGCCAUGAUCAGAUUCUGAAUAGCAUUAACUUUGUACUUUCGAGGCUCUGCUGACCAACUAAAUGCGUAUCCCCACUCCAAUGCUAAUUUAAUACAAGGUAACUAAUUUCUGUCACAUGUCUGUAAUGAGUAGUGUGACUUGCAAAGAAAAAGGGCUAUGGACUGGAUCAAUGUGUAUAGGAAUAAGGAUUGAUCCUCCUCAACUUGUAGUUUUACCACCAGUCUCAAACUCUAAAUACUACUUGCCUAUAUUUGUAACUUAUUUAUGUUCUGUUCAAAGCAGCUGAAUGCUAUCGCUAUUGGACAAAUGCUACAUGUAGAUAUUCCAGUGGGCAAUGUACAGCUACAAAAGAUUCUAUCCCAAUCUGCUGUGAGUGAUGUAUGGCUUCUAUAAAACCCAGUAUUAAUUUAACACAGUCUGGGUACGGGAGUUUAAUGUUCCUUAACAUAAUGGCAUAUUUAAGCUUGCUUUUAUAUGUAUAUGACGUAUUAAACAGUAUUUUAAAGGCACUGUGUUUGCUCACACGAUUAGAGGCUACUGUGUAGCUUAAGAGUUUUUGCUUUAAAAAGAACUAACUUGCAUUGGAAUUUAACGACAGAUUGCAAAAUGCGGAAAUGAAAUUGGCAUUCAGUAAACUAUUCAACAUUUUAGCAGAAUCUGUAAAGUAGUAUUGCAUAGCAGUUUGUUGGAGAUGUGUGCAUCUAACUGGGGGUUGGGGAUAGAUAAUUACUAAGCUCUUAUACCCCUAACUUGUAUUUAAUAAAGAUUUUUUUUUCUACAAUACUGUAUGGGUGAGGUUUAUCAUUUAAUUCACACAGCUGUAUUUAAAAAAAAAAAAAAAAAAAAAAAGGCAAAAUUGAAUACUAAAGAAAAAUAU